UUAGGUAUGAACUUUUUCAAUCUGCAAUGUUUUAUUUUUAAGCAAAAUCAAGAGUUUUCUUUAAUUAACAAGAAACUCAAUAUGUCUGAUAAUUUUCGUAUUGAACCAGUAGAAGGAACUGAAUUAAUUAGAAUUUUCAAACGGACUAGUGAAAACUUGCCCCUUCCAAUAAAUUAUGACACCAGAUUUUAUACAGUUCCUUCUUUAUUAGUAAAAUAUCUGGAAGAAAUUUAUGAUUUUGAAAUAAGAAGUGAUGAUAUUUGGAUUUUGUUCCGUAAUAUCUGAAGAAGCUCCAAAUUCAAUUGAUAGAGCAACGAAUAUGCCAUCACCACGAAUUAUAAAGUCUCAUCUUCCUAUUCAUUUGCUUCCUAAACAACUAUGGACGAUUAAACCUAAAAUAAUUUAUGUGACAAGAGAUUGCAAAGAUACAAUGGUAUCAUAUUACCACUUUCAUUCUUUUUUGGGAUCUUUUAAAGGCACCUUAGACGAAUAUGUGAUUGCAAUGAUGAAAAACAAAAUACGUUCUUCUCCACUUGGAAUAAAUUCUCUUGAGUUUUGGCAACUUCGAAAUAUGGCUUAUAUUUUCUUUACGAGUUUUGAACAUAUGAAAACAGACUUACGCUUGGUGAUAUCAAAAGUAAGUGAAUUUCUGCAAAACGACGUAAACGAAGAUCAAAUGGUAAAGCUUCUUGACCAUCUGUCAUUUGGAAAAAUGAAAGAAAAUUUAAGAUGUAACCAUAUAAAUGAAGCUAGGAAAAUUCAAAAUUAUUUUGGCCUUGAACUUAAUCAAAAUAGUUCUAGGUUUGUAAGAAAAGGUGAAAUAAAUUCAUACAAAACUGAACUCAGUGAAGAAGUCAAAAAAGAAUUGGAAAAUUGGAAUAACAAACAGAUGGAAGCUUAUGGCAUAACUGCGGAGGAGAUGUUAUGGUCAUAAUCUGAGUUGUAGUUUAAGAGUUAUUUUAUUUCCUUUAGUUUGGUUUAUUUUAUUAUUUGGUCAAUCUAUGUUUAAGUGAUGUGCUUGAAAUUAAAAUUUAAGUCUAUA